CAGCAGAGAUGAUGUAGAGCUUAUUUUUUUAAUCUACAGUUUUAAACCCCAAUCUGUUUAGACUUUCGUAGCAAAAGACCAGAGACUGACAUAUUUCAGGUUUGUGUUUUGUUGUUGUUUGGGGGAACACAAUGAGCAGACCAUGGGUGACGUCGUAACAACGUAAAUCCCCUUUGUCAACUGGGAAUCAUGAACUGACCCUGAUUAUACAUUGGCACCCGUAAGGACGCAAGAAAGACUUAGGCUCUCACGACCCUCUCCAGGUGACCAAACCAUUGCAAGACCACACACAGCCCUCUCGCAUCUGCUGGGAGGACGAGACGGCGGCAAUGGAAACUAUUUCCAAUGAAAGUGACAUCUGGCAACUAAACGAAUCUUGGAGAAACUCUACCCUUCUGAACGGUACUAGCGGGCUCAAUCAAACGAACCCCCUGAAGCGGAAUGAGGAGGUGGCGAAGGUGGAGGUGACCGUGCUCGCUCUGGUGCUCUUCCUGGCGCUUGCAGGGAACCUAUGCGUCCUGCUGGCCAUCCACACCACCAAACACAGCCAGUCCCGCAUGUAUUACUUCAUGAAGCACCUGAGCAUCGCCGAUCUGGUCGUGGCUAUUUUCCAGGUCCUCCCCCAACUUAUCUGGGACAUCACGUUUCGCUUCUACGGACCAGAUAUUUUGUGCAGGUUGGUGAAAUACUUGCAGGUCGUCGGGAUGUUUGCUUCCACUUACAUGUUAGUGUUAAUGUCCGUAGACCGCUGUUUGGCCAUAUGCCAGCCUCUCCGCUCUCUGCACAGAAGGAAAGACCGCUUUUAUGUGAUAUUUUCUUGGGUCCUGAGCCUGCUCUUCAGCAUCCCGCAGAUGUUUAUCUUUUCCCUCAGAGAGGUAGGCUCGGGAGUCUACGACUGCUGGGGCGACUUCGUGAAACCCUGGGGAGCCAAAGCAUAUAUUACAUGGAUCAGCCUCACUAUCUACAUCAUCCCGGUGACCAUACUAAGUAUUUGUUACGGGCUGAUCAGCUUUAAGAUAUGGCAAAACUUUAAGCUGAAAACAAGACGCGAGCAGUGCAUAAACCUGACCCCCAAAACCUGCAAAAGCAACACGCUGGCCCGGGUGAGCAGCGUAAGGCUCAUCUCCAAGGCCAAGAUAACCACCGUGAAAAUGACUUUUGUGAUUGUGGUGGCAUACAUCGUGUGCUGGACCCCCUUUUUCUCAGUCCAGACGUGGUCUGCGUGGGAUCCAGCUGCACCCCGUGAGGCCAUGCCCUUCAUUAUCUCCAUGCUGCUUGCAAGCCUCAACAGCUGCUGUAACCCCUGGAUCUAUAUGUGCUUCGCUGGGCAUCUCUUCCACGACCUGAGGCAGAACUUUCUGUGUUGUUCCGCUCACUACCUCAAGUCAUCCCAGAGCCGGUGUGAGCAUGGCUUUGACUCCAGCCACAAGAGCAACUCGUCAACCUUUGCCAUUAAGAGCACCAGCAGUCAGAGGAGCAUCACACAGACAUCCACCACAUAAGCCCCUGGCGCUCAUUUUUCCUCUCUCCCGAGCUGCCCACUCAGCCUCUUCCUACAUGUUGCUCCUCAUAAAUUUUCCGGCGGUUCCAUUUCUUCAAAAAGCCUCUUUCUGCAAGACUUACUGUUAAAGCCCAGGAGGUGGAAAACAACCCGCACAGUACAUUCAUUUCAGCAUAAUAAUUUAACUGUGAAACUGAGAACUUUAAUCAACAGAUUACUUUUCCAUAAAAUUUUAAUAAAAUAUUAAUGGACUAAGAAGAGUGACUGAAUGAAACUUUUUCAAUGUUUUUUUACAUUUGAUCGAAAUGUAUGUUAGUUAGUGUUAGAUGUGCAUAGAAACAGAAUGAAAAGAGUAUUUCACACGUUCAUGCGCUGUAAAUUGUUACGGUUUUGUCACCAGCAAACGUUAUGGAUCGAGUUUGUCUGUGCUGUUAUAAAUUUAUUCCUCUGUUAUAAAUACUAUGUAUCCUGUUGUUCAGCUUGUUACAUAUUUGCACAAAUAGGAAUUCUUACUUCAGAUCUUGUUAAAUUCAACACGCCAUGCCUGUCUCUGCUAAACAUCGGACAAAUUGUUAAAAAACAAUAAAAAAACAUUAAAGCAA